GAUAAACUAGUAUGCUCAAAUUAAUUUGCCGAAGUCUAAAGCUGUAAAUUAAGCACUCCUGUUUGAACUUGCUUAAGAAAGAUUCAUGGCUAUACCAUUUUUCUUUCUUUAUCUUCUUCUUCUUCUUCUUCUGCUUUCAGUUUUAUCCUCUCCGUUCUCCUCUGCAGCACCAUCUGAUACUUUAAGCGAAGGCUCAUCAUUGUCAAUAGAGAACACAAACGAUGUCUUGAUAUCACAAAGUGGCAUUUUCUCUGCUGGAUUCUUCCCUGUUGGCGACAAUGCAUACUGCUUCACAAUAUGGUUCACCGAACCUUUUUGUGAUAACAACUGCAGCGUGAUUUGGAUGGCAAACCGCGACCAACCAGUUAAUGGAAAAAAAUCGAAGCUCUCCCUACUUCAUUCGGGUAAUCUUCUCCUAAUCGAUGCUGGUCGCUCCAUAGUUUGGGCUACAAACACUGCCUCGCAAUUCUCCAUUAAGUUGCGUCUCCAUGACAACGGUAAUCUCUUCUUGUAUGAAAAAGAAGGUGGUAGAGUGCUAUGGCAAAGCUUUGAUUAUCCAACUGAUACCCUCCUUCCACAACAACCACUCACUAAAGACAGGCAGCUUGUCUCCUCGAGAAGUCGAAGCAACUAUUCUUCAGGAUUUUAUAAGUUAUAUUUCGACAGCGAUAACGUUCUCCGUCUUCGUUAUGAUAGCCCGGAGACUUCAAGCAUUUACUGGCCGAACACAUGGCUUUUGACGUGGGAUGGUGGGAGGUCCACUUUUAACAGCUCUAGAAUUGCCUUUUUUGAUUCUUUGGGAAAUUUCACUUCAUCUGAUGAUUUUACUUUCACGUCACCGGAUUAUGGAAUGAGAGUUCAGAGAAUAUUAAAGAUUGAUUGUGAUGGUAAUCUUCGACUAUAUAGUCGCGAAAAUGUCAGAAACAAAUGGAUUGUUUCAUGGCAAGCCAUGUCCCAACCUUGCAGGAUUCAUGGGAUUUGUGGACCUAACAGUAUGUGUAACUAUGUCCCUAGUUCUGGCAGAAGAUGUUCUUGUCUUCCAGGAUUCAAGGCCAAGGAUUAUUCUGACUGGUCUUUGGGUUGUGAACCUGAAUUGAAUCGUUCUUGUAGCAGAGAUGAGAUCAGUUACCUUAAACUAUCUAAUGUUGAGUUUUUUGGCUAUGAAUAUGGAUUCUUUCCUAAUUACACAUUGCAGAUGUGUGAGGAUCUAUGCUCAAAAAUGUGCAAUUGCAAGGGGUUCCAGCUCAGGUUUAGCAGGCGCUACUAUCCAAGUAAUAUUCCUUAUUGUUACCCCAAGAAAGCACUCCUAAAUGGCCAAUAUUCACCACACUUUGAUGGAGACAUCUACUUGAAAGUACCAAAAACAUCCGGUUUUUCUUCUUCCUAUAAGCAUGUUGAAGAUUCCGUGUUAGAUUGUUCUGUUAAAAAUGUCGUGCAACUGAACAGAACCUAUUCAAAAAGCCAUCAAAAUGGAACUUUAAAAUCUGUUAUGUGGUUUGCUUUUGGGGUUGGAGUGGUUGAGUUCUUUAGCAUUGUCUUGGUGUGGUAUUUCUUGAUAAGAAACCAAAACAACUUAGGAGCAGCUAACCAAGGUUAUUUUUGUGUUGAGUCCUGCUUCAGAAAAUUCACCCUCUCUGAGAUAAAAAGAGCAACCAAGGGUUUCACAGAAGAGAUUGGUAGAGGUGGAGGAGGAAUAGUAUACAAAGGAAUACUAUCUGAUGAUAGAGUUGCAGCAAUAAAGCUACUGCACGAAGCAUACCAAGGGGAAGAAGAAUUUCGAGCAGAAGUCAGCACAUUUGGGAAGCUUAAUCACAUGAACUUGAUAGAAAUGUGGGGAUAUUGCGCUGAGGGAAAGCACAGGCUUUUGGUUUACAAGUACAUGGAGCAUGGAUCUUUGGCAGAAAAUCUGCUUUCGAGUACACUUGAUUGGGAAAAGAGGUUUGACAUUGCCGUCGGAACUGCGAAAGGACUUGCUUAUUUGCACGAAGAAUGUCUAGAGUGGGUUCUACACUGUGACGUGAAGCCUCAAAACAUUCUCCUAGACUCCGAUUAUCAGCCAAAGGUGUCUGAUUUUGGGCUAUCUCGACCGCUAAAAAGAGGUAAUUGUAAAGUCAGUUCAAGAUUCUCACGGAUAAGAGGAACUAGAGGUUACAUGGCUCCAGAGUGGGUUUUCAACCUGCCCAUCACCUCCAAAGUUGAUGUUUAUAGCUAUGGGAUAGUGUUGCUGGAGAUUGUGACAGGAAAGGGUCCAACAGUAGAGAUGGAGCACCAAAGGCUAGUGAUACAGGUGAGAGAAAAGAUGAAGAAGGAAGCUGUGGAUUCUGUGAUAGAAAUGAUAAUCGACCCCAAGUUAGAAGGAAAAUAUGAUCGAGCUAAGAUGGAAAUUCUGGUUAUGGUGGCUUUAAAUUGUGUAAAUGAAGACAGGGAGGCAAGACCGAGCAUGAAACAAGUAGUGGAAAUGCUUCUGCACCAAGAAUCACCAUGAAUCCAUCUUUCACUAAUUCUUGCUGUCAAAAAUAUCUGCACCCUAGUUAGUAUUCCUUCCUUUAGGCAUAUUGUAUUUUAUAUUUAGUACUAUUUACUUGUUGAUUUUGAUAAUGCAAUUCCUUAAGCCAGCUGAUUAACUAAGUAAAA